AGAAUGGACCCUUCGUUUUUCCUCCCCUAAUCUAAACUCAAAAGCUCCAUAGCCAAUCCUCAUUACACAUUAUUAGGGAUAUUAAUCUCUGUUGAUGGACUAUUGCCUCUCAACACACAAGAUUUUUUCUCCCCAUUUUUUACCAUCCACGGUAAAUUCUCGCGAAUUACCGUCAAUUUUCUCUCCCAGAUUGACGGUCAAGUUCGCCGAUCGGAGGCUAAUUAGUACGAGUACUUGUCUUAACUGGAAAGUGCGACCGGCGGUGGUCGUUGUCGCUAGAGCAGGGUCUAGCCACUGCGAGCCUAGCAGCAGCAAUAGCUUUAGCUUGAACACGCCGCUGGAACCGCGCUCGGCGGCUGGGAAGUUUUUGAGUAGUGUGUUUCAGAAUCAGAGACAGCUGUUUCAUGUUGCGGUUGCCGAAGAACUAAAGCUAUUGGCUGAUGAUAGGGACGGUGCUGUUUCUCGUAUGUUGCUUAGCUCUGGCUCCGAUGAAGCCUCCCUUCACAGGAGAAUUGCUCAACUGAAAGAACAGGAGUGCCAAAUUGCUGUUGAAGAUGUAAUGUACAUGUUAAUAUUUUCCAAAUUCUCUGAGAUCAGAGUUCCUUUGGUUCCAAAGCUCUCUAGGUGCAUUUAUAAUGGCAGACUAGAGAUAGGACCUUCAAAGGACUGGGAGCUAGAAUCCAUUCAUAGCUUUGAGGUUUUAGAGAUGAUAAGGGAACAUGUAUCUACAGUAAUUGGCUUAAGAGCAAAUUCUAGUGUUACAGACACCUGGGCAACAACCGAGAUCCAGCGACUCCAGCUUGGUCGAUUGUAUGUAGCCUCAAUCUUAUAUGGUUACUUCUUGAAGUCUGCCUCCUUGAGACAUUAUCUGGAACUGUGUCUAGCCGUCCCCCAUCAUGAUGUUCACCUUAGUCGUAGAACCUCCCUUCAACUUCCAGAGUCAUCACCUUACAGAAUAUCAAAUCUUGUCUUCGGUCAUCAAUCUGUUUCUUCUGGCCAAAAGUCGAGGAAGCAGGAUCAGAAACGUGGAAAUUUGAGGUGCUAUGUUAUGGGUUUUGAUGCUGAGACAUUGCAAAGAUGUGCUAAACUGAAAUCUAAAGAGGCAGUUAAUCUGAUCGAGAAGCAUAGCUGUGCGCUUUUUGGGGAUGACAAGGCUGGUUUGCUAGAAAAUGAUGAGGUGAUAUUGACAUCUUUUUCAAGUCUGAAGAGAUUAAUUUUGGAGGCAGUCGCUUUUGGCUCGUUCCUCUGGGACACAGAAGAGUACGUCAACUCUGUAUUUAAGCUUAAUGAGAACUAAUGUGGAAGAAAGAUAGAGAAGAUGUUAAAUAAGAAAGGAGUGGCGAUCAGGUUUUACUCUCUCUGUACAAAUGAGUUCUGAUUUCUCCUUUUAUUCCCAUUUUUCAGAACGCAACAGUUUGUUGUAUAGUGUACAUUAUAGUAUAAGUACUGCCUCAGCUUUAAAAUAAUUGUCUUAUAUAACUUGGGCAUGUAGAUUAAGAAAAGUCAUGUAAAUUCAGUAUUAUUUAGUGGUUCUGAAAAGAGAGCGAGGAAAAUACUUGUUGGAAUUAUGAAUUUGAUUUUUAAUUUAGAAAGUUUUGUGUUGGUUAGGCUUC